AUGUUAGGAGGAGAGGGGGAGGAAUCCUCCCCCAAAAAACAACAUUUAGAAGAGAAAUUGGGUAUGAGAUUCGGGAAUAGUAGCAAUCAGGAUAAAGAGCAGGAAAGUUCAGGUAGAGAUAGUUUAGAUGGUGAAGUAUGGAACAUAUUUAGUAACAAAGACAAUGAAAAUGAUAUAGGAUCAACUAGGGAAUUCACUUCAUCUCUACAAAACGAUAAUAAUAUGGAUAGGGAAGUAAACGAGGAAGACGUUAGAGAUAACGAGCAGAUAAUAACAUAUAGUGAGGGAAUGCCAGGUCCAUUUCUGGUAAUGGUAGAAAUGAACGAAGAGUUAGGGGGAAGAGCAGGGAGAUUCUCACAUUUAAAAAUAGCAAAAGAGAUAUGUGAUUUAAAACUUUACAAUAUAAUCAGAAUUAAAAUUAAAGGAAAAAAUAAAGUAGGAAUUGAAUUCAACAACAUAAAUAGUGCAAACGAGAUGAUUGAAGAUGAUAGAUUGAAAAAUAAAGGUUAUAAAGUUUACAUACCCUAUAGUUACGUUACAUGUAAAGCGGUAGUUAAAGAAAUCAGUACAGAUUUUACAGAUAUUGAGCUAAAAAAGUUGAUUAAGAGUCCUAUCAAAGUAUUAAAUGUGAAAAGAAUGAACAGACGCUUGACUAGCCAAGAUGGAACAGUACAAUAUGUACCUGCGUCCACUAUUCUAAUAACGUUCAAAGGCAAUAUAAUUCCGCGUUAUAUUGACAUAUGUUACUUAACAUAUGUAACAACUCCAUAUGUGCCACCAAUCGCACAAUGCUAUAAUUGUUUGUUAUAUGGUCAUAUAAAGAAAAAUUGCAAAGGUCACAAAAAUGUUUUUCAUGCACAACACAACAUAAAGAAGAAGAAGAGUAUAACAACUGUGUCAAUAUCAAAUGUCUUUUUUGUGAAAGUAAUGAUCAUAAAUCUAAUAGUAAACAUUGUACGGAGUUUGAACGGCAAAAAAAAAAUACGUGAAAAAAUGACCUUUGAUAAUAUUUCUUUUUAUGAGGCAGUUAAAUUUUUUCCCAAACAGUCGCGAACCUUUCACUUACAAUCCCAACAAUUUCCUACAUUGAAUAAUGGAAAUGUACCUAUGAAUGACAGAAUAUUAGUAGAACAACGCAGGGAAGUAUUUGCAAAUAAUAAUAUGAGUAACAAGAGGUCGUUUGCUCAAAGUAUAAGAGUAAAAAAUAGUAAUAAGCGGACUGAAAGUAGACAGGGGUAUGAUAGGCAAGCAUUAAAUGAAAUCUUAAUCAAUCCAGAUGGUAGAAUUUCACAGCCAUCUAAUGGAAUAGUAUUUCAACAUGCCGUAAAUAAUAGAAAUACAGGAACAAUCAAAAAACCGAUAGUACAACAGACAAAUAGUAGUAAUAAUACAAAGCAAACAAGUGACAGAUUAUUUUCCUUAAAUGAGGACACAGAAGAAAAAAUGUUAUUUUUAACUUAA